AUGGGCAGUGAAUCAAACAAAGAUGAUACGAAGUGGAAUCGUCCUCUGUUAAAGUCGAUGAAAUCUGUCUACAGUAAAUAUUAUGAUAAAACAUGUAGCAUUUCGGUCGUUCCAGAACGACUUAAAGAAUUGAAUGAGGAUGCUUACAUGCCAAAGGUUGUCUCCAUUGGACCCCGAUUCACGACAGGACAAGAAGACCGGGGCGGACGAGAAGACCGGGGGGGACGAGAAGACCUGCUGCUCAUGGAAAAGAUCAAAUUGCAAUGCAUGUCCUCUCUCCUUCAUCGAAGUAAUGGCAUGGAGGCGGAGGAAUGCUUCGAGAAAUGCAGCGAUGCCAUUUUGAACUUAGAGGAAAAGGUUAGAGCAUGCUAUGUGAAUGUCAUGAAACUCAACGAGUAUGAACUCAGCGAGAUUAUGUUAGUGGAUGGGUGUUUUUUGCUAGAGCUUCUGAUAUCCAAAGAUUCGAAAUUGAAUCAUGAACUAAAAAUCCACUCCGAUCAUCCUAGUCCCGGACCUGAAGUGGUAAAAGACAAAGAGAUCUUGUCUGAUCUGCUAUUGUUAGAGAACCAGAUACCACUUAUCGUUCUCCACGAGUUGUCUAAAACACUUUUCCCCAAUGAGUUCACAGAGAUUCAGGAACAAAGGGUGCCAAGAAUUAAUGAUCUUGCCUUGCCUCUCUUUGGCUACUCUCAGUUGGGGAACCCUGGUGCCCCUCACCUUCUUUCACUUGUCCACUCAACCAUUGACAGGGAAGUUAUCAAAGUAAAAGAUUGUGAGGAAGUAUUGCAGAUUGAGGAAAUUCGGCAAUACCUAUCACAUGUUGCCAAGAGUCAUGUUGAGGUAAAACUGAAGCGUUAUUGUGCAACAAGGCUCAAAGCUGCUGGGGUUACUAUCACACUCCCACAAAGGGAUAGAAGAAGGCAUGUCAUUCUGCAAGGGAACUGUCUUGGUCGUAUGCUGAUAAGGUUUGGGAAAAUGCUUGUGAAUAGGGAUUUGAAUAUGCUUGAUGUGGAAAAGACAAAGUUAGACUUUGACAUAAAAUUCAACAACGGGAAACUAGAAAUUCCACAGCUGCAUAUCACAGGAACAACGCAAGCCAGGUGGCGCAAUUUCAUUGCUUUGGAACAUCACAAAAAGAAAUGGAAGAGCACAAGUGUCUUCGGCGGCAAGUGUACUUGGUCUGCAUUGUUUUUUGAUAGCUUGAUAUGUUGUGGGGCUGAUGUUCAACUUCUUAAGGACAAUGGUAUUAUUGUGGAUCAUUUGAAGAUGGGCAAUAAAAAGCUAGAGACCUAUUUCAGCACAAUAUCAACUGGAGUUGACCAUGAAAUAGUUGAUUCUAGUUAUGUUAAAAUAUUUCAUGAUUUGAAAAAUUACUCUGCAGCAAAUUUCCUCAUUAGAAACUGCACAAUAUGGUGGCAUGUUUUCAGAUUCCGAGUUGAACAGUUUAUCAUGUUUAUGGGGAGUGGCUACAACUUUGCAGCUAUAUUGUUAUCUCUUCUCGCUAUUCCGCAGACUUUUUAUGCAAUCUUCCCCUAUUAUCGUCCCAGUCAUGCUCAUUGA